AUGGAUCCUAGUAUAAGAGAUGUCCAUUUUUCGCCUACAGCUACAGUUGAGUGUCUUGAUGUUGAUCAAUACAGGUGGUCUCAGCGCUCGGGUAAAGUUACCUUCAAAAUACUGCAUCAGAACAUUAGGAGUCUCCAUAAGAAUUUUGAUGAAUUGAUGAUACUCCUCAGGAAACUUGAUACUCUGCCAGAUUGCUUGAUUUUAACAGAAACCUUCAAUUUGUUAGAUGAAGAGAGCUUUGGUAUUGCGGGGUAUAAUAUGGUUUAUAAUCAGGGCGAGAUAAAUAAGAACGAUGGAGUAGUUGUUUAUUUGAAGACAUGUUACACCUUCCAGCACGAUAUUGUACAUAUUAAACCAGUGAAGGUACUUGAGGUCACGAUCACUCUUCCACAAGGUAGGAAAUUACUCGUCACUGGUGUUUAUAGACCUCCAUCAACAGAUGUUGAUGAUUUCAUUGUGUCACUCGAGAAAUAUCUGAAACAGAAAAAGUCCGCAGUGGUUGAAAGUCAUGUAAUCGUUGGAGAUUUAAAUAUCAAUAUUUUGAAUGAAUCUAGUGAAAUAGUAUCAAAUUAUAUGAACGUCAUGAGUGAAUACGAUUAUAGGUCUAUGAUAAACAAAGAAACACGAAACAGAUCUUGCUUGGAUCAUAUAUUUCUGAGAAGUGGGUCUCCGGAUGACGAGUCUUUGGUUUGGGCGGCAACAGUGCAGACAUACAUAACAGACCAUCGUGCUACAGCCAUAAACCUCCCCAUGAAAAGAGGGGGGAAAAACCAUAGGAAGCAGAGAUACCAUUGUGUUAUAAACUAUGAUACUCUCAAAUUUGAGAUGUCGGAAUUUGAAUGGGGGUGUCUGUACUCGUUGGGGACCUCUCAGUUGAAGACAACGUAUUUUCUUCAGACGAUAAUGGACAUGGUAGAGAGAAAUACUAGGAGGAUUAAGAUGGGGAGGAGGAAUACGGGGAGAAGGGACUGGAUAACUGCGGGGGUUGUUGAAUCUGUAAAUCAUAAAAACGAGCUCUAUAAGAAAUACAUUAGAGAACCAGACAAAUAUAGAGAGGAAUUUGUCAGAUAUCGAAACCACCUAAACCGAAUAAUUAGGGCAGCCAAGUGCAGCUAUUACAGCGAGAAGAUAGAGAAGAAUGGGGGUAGCUCAAGGAAUUUAUGGAGUAUACUAAAGGAGAAAUAUAAGUGUGGAAACAAGGUCGGAGUGAAGGGGAUUCGAGGAGGAGAUGGUUCGAGAACAGAGGAUGAAAGGGAGGUUGCUGAUAUUUUUAAUGGCUAUUUUAUAAAUGCUGCAUCGGACCUUGCAAAUAACCUAACUGUUGCAGACACAAAACCAUUCAAGCCGGGAAAAAUUCAACAUUCUUUUUUUCUUAACCCAACGACCCCAGCAGAAGUUGAGUCAACGAUUAAUAACUUAAAGAGGAAUAAAUCUCCGGGAUACGAUGGCAUUACAGGUGAAACCUUGGGGAAAAUUAAAGACGAAAUAUCUGUCCCGUUGGCGCAUAUACUAAAUGAAGUGUUGCAGUCUGGUUGUUGUCCCAAAGAAUUUAAAUUAUCAAUUGUGAGACCAAUAUAUAAGAAGGGAACAAGGGAAUCACCUUCAAAUUAUAGGCCUAUAUCGCUGAUUACCUCUUUUGCCAAGGUAUUUGAGAAGAUUGUCGGAACGAGGUUGAACAGCUACCUGGAAAAAUAUGAGAUCAUAUCACAUAAUCAGUUUGGCUUUCGUGAGGGGAAGUCUGCGACGGAUGCUGUAUCGUACCUGUCUGAUAUGGUGUAUAGGAUCUUGGAUGCUAAUGAGGCGGCAGUGUGUGUGUUCUUGGACCUCUCAAAGGCAUUUGACACGGUAAAUCAUAAUGAGAUGCUGAAUGUCUUGGAAAAUAUUGGAGUGCGUGGAAUACCCCUUCAACUAUUUAGUACGUAUUUAAAAAAUAGGUCACAGAGGGUGCAGGUUGGUGAAGUGUUGAGUGAUGUGUUGGAAAUACAGUGUGGGGUGCCUCAAGGCACGUUACUGGGUCCUGUUUUAUUCACGUUGUAUAUAAAUGACAUACUAGGUAUUGAUUGUAUGGGAAAGAUAAUCUGUUUCGCAGAUGAUAUAGCCAUUCUCUAUAAGGACUUGAAAUGGAGUAGUUUAAAAGUGCUAGUCGAGAAAGACAUGAAAAAUGUUUUGAAUGCUAUUAAAUCCAGAUACUUGACAGUAAAUGAGGAAAAAACUAAAUAUUUACCUUUUUCACUUUGCGCAAGUGGGCUACCACGUUUUGAUGAUCUGUUGAUAUGUGACGGAGAAACAACAUUCAGAAUUGGCCAACAGAUGAAAAUAUUAUACCAUGCACUCGUAGAGUCCCGGCUUCAAUAUGGUAUUCUGGCCUGGGGUGGCCUGUAUGAUAUACAUCUAAAAGGAUUACAGGUUCUACAGAAUUACUUCUUGAGAAUCAUGCUACGUAGGGAGAGAUUGUAUCCAACAGAUAAUCUUUUUUUGGAAGCAAAAGUUCUUGAUAUGAGAGGGAUGUACUUCCACACCCUACUUAUGCAAAGCUUUAAAAAUCGAAAUUCGAUGGAGUACCUCAAUCACGGAUAUAAUACUCGUAGAACAGAAAAGCCGAAAGUACAGACCCAUAGAACGAAGAAGACUGUAGGACAACGUACAUAUACUUACAUCAUGCCACGUAUUUUUAACUUGCUGGAGGGUGAACUGUUAACUAAAUUUUAUUCACUAAACUCCUGCAAAUUAUUCAGCAAGUAUAUUAAAAACUAUUUGGGACAAAUUGGUAGAGCUAAAGUAGCAGACAUGAUCAACCAGAGAUAG